GGUCUCAACAAAAACAACCUCUGCCACACCUCCCCCUCCUCCGACCCCACUUCCUCUCCGCGAGGAAAUUUCUCCAUCGCAGCAACUCUGACCCACUCCUUUUUACAAUCCGAAUUCGGCGAUGAUCCUCCUUACAAAGGCCAUCGCGCCGGCCAGAAAAUGUGUAUUUCCGCGCACGAUUUUCUGAGCGCCAUGCGCGAAAUGGGGCCGGAUACGGGGUUGAAGGUGGAUUUGGAGAGGACGAGUUCGAGGGCGUUGGAGGUCGUGAGGUUGGAGGAUUUGAAGAGGUUU